AUGGAAAAUAUAGAACUUGAAGAUCGAAUAACUCUAUCAGCACUAAAAUUCGUAUGUGGCGAAGAUGAACACAUCUGUAGGUUAUGUUUAUCACCAACUGAAAACAAAGAUAUAAAUGUAGAAAACACUGUUAAAUUGCAGACCAUUUACUACGAAAACUCGAUUACGUACAGAAAUAUGCUCGAAGUCUUAAAUGUACCAGAGGAAGAGCUUUUACCUCAAAUUCUCUGUAAAAGUUGCGCGAAAAUAACUAUUAAUUGUUACCUUUUCCAACAACUGCGACAAUAUUCCAUAGAAAGGUGGUUUAAAGCUUUGGAACUCUUGCAAAAAUCAUUAAUGCAAUUAAAUACGCUUAAGCCAGACAUUCGAACUACGUAUUUAAUCCUAAAUAAGACAGACAAUCUAGUUUUCACAAGUAAUAAGAGCUAUGAAGUUAAACCGAAGAAGGUGGCUGUUUUAAAAGAAAUCAUGAAGAAUUGUCGGAAGUAUAAUCAAGCUCAAAGAAAACUAAAAGAAUGUGUUUGCAAUGAAUGUGGCGAGAAGUUUCCUUCUCAUUUCUGUCUAGUUAAACAUAUGAGAGAUCACAACAAAACAUUCAACCCAUGCAAGGAAUGCUCCAAAAUAUUUUCUACUCCAUUACAGCUACAGGAGCACACAGAGAGAGUGCACUAUCCAAAGACUUUGCAAUGUGACAAGUGCUCAAAUAUGUUUAGUACUUUAAAAAUAUUAAAGUUACAUGAUAAAACCCAUCACACUCCCGCUAAGUGCAGCUUGUGUAACCAAGAGUUUCCAUCGAGGAAAACUCUCCGAGCUCAUUUAGACAAACACAAAGCAAACACAUGCUCUGUAUGUGGUAAAAAAUUUAGGAACAUAAGAAAUUUCAAAAAUCAUGUUAAUAGAUGUGGAAAUAUGGGGGAGGAACAGCAGAAAUACAUUUGUGACAUUUGCAACAAAUGUUACAGGAGGAAGAAUGGAGUGAGAUCACAUUUAAAGAUAGACCAUGGGUUUGGUAAAGUUUUAUCAUGUACUUGGUGCAAUAAGAAAUUUGAUGCCAUUAGUAGGUUAAAAAAUCACUCUGUUAAACAUACAAAAGAAAGAAAUUUUCAUUGCAGUCAAUGUGGGGGCCAGUUUGUCACAUAUCCCGCUUUGGUGUACCAUAUAAGAUUACAUACUGGCGAGCGACCAUUCCCCUGCGACUUAUGUGGCGAAAGCUUUCUAUCAGCUUCCAGGAGAAUGGAACAUAAAAAAAGAAAACAUAUCGGCCCCACAAAAGCGUGUACUCUUUGUAAGAUGAAAUUUAUUACUAGUCACCAGUUACGCAAACAUUUCCAGAGACAUUUCAAUCCGAAUAGCAAAUUAUUUAUUACAAAAGAUGAUUUAAUCGCAUUAGAGAGAGCUGAGCAACAAGAAAUGCAGGGAUAAAAUGAUUUCAAGAAUCAUGAUAUAUACAAUUUUUAUAUUAUUUUACAUAACUGACUGUAUUCAAUAUAAUAAAUAAUGUAAAUUAA